AUGAGAAGGGAGAGAAGGAUAUCGCUCUUUCCUCCUGGCUGCGAAGGACGUUCUUACAAAGAGCUACCUCUGGCUUACCUUAUACCUCCCAAGUAUGGUCUUAAACCUUCUAUUCCCAUCCGGAGAUCCUCAGUAACCUCUAAACCUCUAGUAUUUUCUGUAUCUGACAAAAUCAUUCAGAUCUUGGCAAAACCGCAACGAAUGAUCCGACCUUGCGGUCGAACCAUAUGCUUCUGA